AUGAACUACUGGAUUAAGAAGCAAUUGGGAGCUCUGAAGGUAAUAAGCAAAGCCUGCAGCACCUACUUUAAAAAGCUUUUAAAGAAGCUUGAGGUGGAUAGUUCUUCUGUAAUAGAAAUAGAUUUUCUCCAUUCUGAUAUAUUUGAGGAGGUACUGAACUACAUGUACACAGCAAAGUUUUCUGUGAAAAAGGAAGAUGUUAACUUAAUGAUGUCUUCCGGUCAGAUCCUUGGCAUCCAGUUUUUGGAUAAACUCUGUUCUCAGAAGCGUGAUGUUUCUAGUCCCGAUGAAAGUAAUGGUCAGUCCAAAAGUAAGUAUUGCCUCAAAAUAAAUCGACCCAUCGGAGAUGCCACGGACACUAAGGAUGAUGACGUGGAAGAAAUUGGGGAUCAGGAUGACAGCCCUUCCGAUGACACAGUAGAGGGUAACCCCCCUCCGAGUCAGGACGACGGCAAAUCACCCACCACUACGCUCAGGGUGCAGGAGGCCAUCUUGAAAGAGCUGGGGAGCGAGGAGGUUCGGAAAGUCAAUUGCUACGGCCAGGAAUUGGAGUCCAUGAAGACCCCAGAGCCCAAAGAUUUGGGGUCGCACCCCCAAGCCUUAAUGUUCAAUGAAGGCAUGAGCGAGGUGAAAGACGAACAGACCCCGGGCUGGACCACAGCCGCCAGUGACAUGAAGUUCGAGUACCUGCUGUACGGCCACCAUCAGAAGCAGAUCGCCUGCCAGGCCUGCGGGAAGACCUUCUCCGACGAGGGCCGCCUGCGGAAGCACGGGAAGCUGCACAUGGCGGACAGGCCGUUUGUGUGCGAGAUGUGCACGAAGGGCUUCACCACGCAGGCCCACCUGAAGGAGCACCUGAAAAUCCACACGGGCUACAAGCCCUACAGCUGCGAGGUGUGCGGCAAAUCCUUCAUCCGCGCCCCAGACUUGAAGAAGCACGAGCGGGUGCACAGGAACGAGCGGGCCUUCGCAUGCCACAUGUAUGACAAAGCCUUCAAGCACAAGUCCCACCUCAAGGACCACGAGAGGCGGCACCGAAGGGAGAAGCCCUUCGUGUGCGGCUCCUGCACCAAGGCCUUCGCCAAGGCCUCGGAUCUGAAGCGGCACGAGAACAAUAUGCACAGCGAGAGGAAGCAAGUCACCCCCAGCGCCAUGAAGAGCGAGACGGAGCAGCUGCAGGAGGCUGCCAUGGCCGCAGAGGCCGAGCAGCAGCUGGAAACCAUUGCCUGCAGCUGUAGGUGCAAGUUCAGGAGGCUGUACCAGCCCGCCAGGACAUCGGUGGUCUUGGCUGAGGUCCGAGGCCCUCUCAUUUGGGCCCUGCGACUUGCACUGGCAGAGCUCUGCCACAUGGACCAGGGGGAAAGAGCAGACAAGGCCUCAGCGACAGGAUUCCCACAUGUGCAGCAGUUCCAGGAUUUCUGA